AUGAUGAACGUCUCGACCAAGAUUCUCCGUCGAGCUGUUGCUCGCAGCACUUUUUCUCGUCCAUGGUCCAGCAUUUCCAAGGCGACUUCCUUGGUGGAUCGCAGUCAGGUGGAAGGACCUCAUGGCAAGUAUCAAGAGGAAUACGAUUUGUCACGACGAGAUCCCGAAGCCUUUUGGGGCAAUGCCGCCAAAUCGAUUGAAUGGUUCCGCGAACCCUCCGUUAUUUUGGAACAAGACAGCCAAGACAUUAACAACUAUCGAUGGUUUCCCGAUGGCAUUGUCAAUACCUGUUACAAUUGCUUGGAUGUCCAUGUGAAAAAUGGACGUGGAAAUCAACUCGCUCUCGUCUACGAUUCGCCCAUUACAGGAAAUACCAAAAUAUCCUUUACUUACUCGGAACUAUUGGAACAAGUGGCCACAUUUGCAGGAGUACUUCGCGACGAGUUGGGAGUUGAACAAGGCGAUCGAGUCGUCAUUUACAUGCCCAUGAUUCCCGAAGCCGUCAUUGCCAUGUUGGCAUGUGCGCGCAUUGGGGCCGUGCACAGUGUCGUCUUUGGUGGAUUUGCCGCCAAGGAACUUGCCACCAGAAUUACCGAUUGCGAUCCCAAAGUCAUCAUUUCCGCAUCGGCGGGAGUCGAACCCAAACGCAUCGUUCCCUACAAGCCACUCUUGGACAAGGCAUUGGAAUUGGCACAACACAAUGUGCAACACACGGUCAUUGUCCAACGACCCAACGUGAAGGCCGACUGUCCCAUGGGACCCAAGGAUCGAGAGUAUCAAACACUCAUGGGUGCGGCCCAACCAGCCGAUGCCGUUCCAUUGCCCGCCAAUCAUAUGCAUUACAUUUUGACCACCAGUGGCACCACGGGAAAACCAAAGGGUGUGGUACGAGAUACGGCCGGGUGGGCCGUCGCCUUGAAGUGGUCCAUGGGUGCUUUCUAUGACACCAAUCCAGGAGAAGUCUUUUGGGCUGCGAGUGACAUUGGCUGGGUUGUGGGGCAUGCCUACAUUGUCUAUGCUCCCUUACUCAAUGGAUGCACCACGAUCCUCUACGAAGGAAAACCAGUUGGCACUCCCGAUGCGGGAGCCUUUUGGAGGGUCAUUGAGGAGUAUGGCGCCAAGACCUUGUUUACGGCACCGACGGCAUUUCGGGCCAUGAAACAGGCCGAUCCAAAUGCGGAAAUGGCCCAACAAUACGAUCUCAGUAGUCUCAAGAAUCUAUUCUUGGCAGGAGAACACAGUGAUCCCGAUACUCUGCAUUGGUGUGAAAGGGCCCUCGACAAAUACAACGUCCCAGCUGUGGAUCACUGGUGGCAAACCGAGUUGGGUUGGCCAGGUGUCGGCAACUCGGUAGGACUCGGCAGGAUGCCCAUUAAAUAUGGAGCUUGUUCGGCGCCGGUUCCUGGAUUCGAAUUGGCCAUUGCAGAUGAUCAAGGAAACAUUUUGCCACACAAUACACUUGGAGACAUGAUUUUGAAGCUACCGCUUCCACCCGGUUCCCUAACUACCUUGUACGGUGACCAUGAUCGAUUCAUCAAAUCAUAUCUGACAAAGUAUCCUGGAUAUUACGAUUCAGGCGAUGCGGUCUAUGUCGAUGAUGAUGGCUACAUUCAUAUCAUGGGACGAAACGAUGAUGUGAUCAACACAGCGGGUCAUCGUCUGAGUACGGGGUCCAUGGAAGAGAUUUUGAUGGACCACAGUGAAGUUGCUGAUUGCGCGGUGGUUGCCGCCAAAGAUGAACUCAAAGGGCAAAUUCCGGUUGGCUUUGUCAUUGUCAAUGCAGGUAGCGAGAUGGAUCACGAAACACUGAAACAAGAGCUGGUUCAGAGGGUUCGCAAUGAGCUAGGCCCCGUUGCCGCUUUCAAGAAGGUGGCCGUGGUCAAGGCAUUACCAAAGACACGAUCUGGAAAGACACUGCGGGGCACCAUGUCCAAGAUUGCCGAUGGGGAAGAGUACAAAGUGACCCCAACCAUCGAAGACCCAACCGUUCUGGAAUACCUCGAGCCGAUUAUUCAGGAACUCAUGGGCAGAAAGAGUAAUUGA